AUGAAUGUCCUUGAAGAUCUUGAAGCUCAGGUAGCAACAGCAAGACUUAGACUUCAUGAGCUGGAGGAGCGGCUGCACGAAGAGCGGAACCGAGUCAACUCGUGUGGAGCUGAUGUGCUCACCUCUAGUGGCCCUUCUUCCAUUGACAAUAGCGGAGGCUCUACUGCAGGAGAGACUCCGUCUUUCGUAUCGUCGUCUGGUUCUUUGACGAAAUCUGACGUUGAGAGGUUUUCCCGACAGAUUGUGCUGGAAGAUAUAGGCGCUAAGGGAAUGGAUCGCAUUCGGCGAGGACGUGUUUUACUGGUCGGUGCUGGUGGUUUGGGUAGUACAGCUGCUCUCUACCUUGUCGCUGCUGGUGUUGGUGAACUUUGCAUUGUUGAUUUUGACACUGUAGAGCACAGCAACCUUCAUCGGCAGAUAAUACACAACACAAUGCGUGUUGGUAUGUCGAAAGCCGAGAGUGCGGUUCAGUCAUGUUUAGCCCUCAACCCUCGAGCCAAGAUUCGAGCCAUCACGGCCCCCUUCACACCCGCAAACGCAGAAGAACUUGUGCGUGGUUGUGACGUUGUGGUGGAUGGUUCUGACAAUGUGGCGACACGUUACUUAAUUAACGAUGCAGCGGCGCGUUAUCGUCGACCAUUGGUGAGUGGCAGUGCGUUGCGAUGGGAGGGGCAAUUAAGUGUUUACUGCGGCGGCCUAAGCUGCCCCUGCUAUCGUUGCCUCUUUCCAACGCCUCCACCAGCAUCGGCUGUGGGAAGCUGUAAUGACACUGGAGUGGUUGGCCCCGUGCCCGGUUGUAUUGGGUGUUUGCAAGCCACAGAGGCUCUUAAGUUGUUGGCGGGUGCAGGUGAUGUCCUCGAGGGUCGGCUGCUUUUGCUUGACGCCUUGCGGAUGCAACUCCGCGUCGUUCGGUUGCGGGGGCGCCAGAAAGACUGCCCGGCUUGUGGGGAGGCUGCGAAACUUAACGUUGGCAAAUCGCUUCAGCAACUUGCCGCGGAGCGACCAGAAUAUGUUAUGCCAUCGUGUGCCUCAGGAGCGCUGCGGAGCGCAAAUAUGUUGCCUGCUGAGGCCAACGUGGCUCCUUCUGUGUAUUUUUCCGUGUUGCAGAAGCUUUUAAGGGGUGAAAGGAUGUCGUGGAUGACCCUUGACGUACGGCCCAAGGAGCAGUACGACAUGGCCCAUCUGCCUCACAGUGUCUCUCUCCCAUUAAAGCAACUGGAGAUGUGGAAGCGUGACGGUGUGCUUCAAAACGAGUGGGAGAAAUUUGUCAACAGCGUACCGUGCGCCAGCAGAGGGCCGAUGGAUGUCUACGUCAUUUGCCGUCGUGGUAUUUCAUCCGUAAAAGCUAUGCAGGUGCUUCUUCCGCUUCAGGAGUGGUGCCCUAAAAGUUGUGGAACGGAUGUAGACGGCAAAGCAGCGAUACAUCAAAAUCCCGGCAAACGGUUUCGCUUCAUUAAUGUGGAUGGGGGGCUGAAUCGCUACCACCGUGAAGUAGACAGAAACUUCCCCUUUUACUAA